AUGUCGAAACCACAACGGCCAAGAGGGACACCAACCCCGACCCCCAACUCACGGUUCCGAGUCCAAAUCCGCGAAGAGCCCAAGCCCGAAAUCAUAAAACCCACUAUCCCCGAAGGCCCAUCCCUCUCCAAACAAAGAUCCGCAUUCAUCUCACAUUUCAUCACAAACAUCCGCCAACGCAUCUCCGCCAUCCCAUACCCAGUCCGACGAGCAUGUCGCACUCUCCGCUGGGCAGCACCCAUACUCCCGAUCGCACUAUUCUUCCCAGAACACGUAAUGCAGGUUAUGUGGGUUCGCGGGCCGUCAAUGACACCAUACCUGAACGAGGAGUAUGCGACAACACAAACGAAGAGCGAUAUAGUGAUGGUCAACAUGUGGCCGUGGGGAUCUUUAACGCCGUUUAAAAAGGAACGGAAGCUAGAACGAGGAAUGAUUGUUACUUUCCGAUCCCCUGCAAAUCCGGCUCAUAUCGCUAUUAAGCGCGUUAUCGGUUUACCCGGUGACCGGAUCACGACUCGCGAGCCGUGUCUGCGACAAACACAGAUCGUCCCUUGGAAUCAUGUCUGGUUGGAGGGUGAUGCGGAGGAUCCGCGGAAGACGCUGGAUAGUAAUACGUAUGGGCCUGUUAGUCUCAGUUUAAUUACUGGGCAGGUAUUUGCGGUGCUGGGGCCGCGGAUGCGAUGGUUGAAGUGGACGGAUUGGGAAUCUGGGAAGAAAGAUUCUGCGUCGACGGAUGAUGCGGGUGCGAAAUUGUAUGGAAAGAGCGUGCGGGAUCGUGUUUUGAAGAAUGCUGUUAAGCUCGAACAGCCCUUGUUGAACUGA